AUGGCGGCGUACACAUCGUCUUUGGCGACCAGAUGUUUAUUUAGAUAUUUACUAAAACACACUCAAAACAACAUUUGGUAUCCCACGAGCAGCAUUGCAAAAGGUGAGAGAUUCUACAUUUUGUCCAAAUGUUUCAUUUCGUGAUCAUUCAGAGGAUUAACUCUGUUGUCCAAGCUUACAGUUAGAUAACUUGCAUAACAUUAGCUAACGUAAAUUGCUAGCUGUAGCCUGUUAGCCCAUUCAUGUGAUGUGCAUUACAGUACAUAAAGGGCUAACUAGCUAGCCUCUUAGUCUUUGAUACACUCCCCUUACAAAACCAGUGUGAUGAGAUUUAUUGGCAUGAUGAUCAUCUAGUAAUUCCUAACAUAAGCAUACAGUAUUAUAGUUGUGAGUUGAUGAUAAUCUGCUGUUAUAUGUCCACUGUACGUGUUGAUGGUACAUUGUAUCAUUGUCUUCAUCUUCCUCUUUGCCAGGCUACACAACAAGCACAUGUAAUCCAUCCGCAUCACCAUUGACCCCCUUGAACCAAGCCAGGUCAGACACCUCGGCGUCCACCAGAACUAUCGAGCAGCACUAUGACAGUCUCAUCCACUGUGGCUCACUAAAGAAGGACACUCAGCAAAUAGAUGCUCUACAUAAACUGGGGCAACUGCAGAAAACCCUGCGAGGGUAUUCCAACAGCAUCUACCUGACCCCACCCAAGCCUAAGGAGAAGGAGGCAAAAGACGGCAACGCAAAGCGCCAGAAAGUAAAAGACUCCAAAUUGAGCACAACUGAAGGGGAUGAUGCUCCCAUAGAAGAGGUAUGGAUUACUUGACUGAUGCACUAGCUAAUGCAACAAAUUGAUGCAAUACAUAAUUUCAUGCUGAAUGGUUGUCCUUAUUGUAUUGUAUGGUUAUUUGAUCUUAUUUAGCCCUAUAUUGCAUAGGAAUAUUGCAUCAUGGUUAUUAAACCUUUGAUAGAAGCUUUCUCCUUCCUAUACUUUUAAGGUUAAUGGAGAAUGCUGGAUUGUCAUUGGAUGACUCAUCUGUCACUCACAGCAUGCCUCUCACUAACUGGAUCGGUAUUCUCCAGUGUUGGCAGGAGACUUGUGUUUUCCCCCUACUGUGUCCCAGUUAGCAAACAGAAGCAAUUAGUCACUUGAUUAUAAUGUUCCUGACAUUUGGCUUGCCCUCACCAAACAUUAUGGCCCUGUGUGCUUUUGAGAGAAUGUUGAUGAAACACUAUCAAGACCCGAUUCAGUGAGAAGGGAUAGAUUGCAGUAUAAUAAAAUGACUACCAGUAUGUACGAAAUUUUGCAAACCAAGCAAUGCUCCGAAGCAAAAUUCCCUUUGCCAGUCGUAGAGCGUUUGUGGAAAGCCACAUUGUUCCUCAGUUCAAUAAUAUUCUAGCUGAUCCAUAAGGACUACACAUGACACAACACCAUUAUUAGGCUUAGUCAUACACAGUUAGAUUGCCAUUGCCCAAUCAUGAAAUGGCUUGAUUCUGCUAGAUGAGCUUUAUAAAUUGAAUGGUAUCUGGACUCUUAGCAUUGCAUAAAUUGUUCCAUUGACAUCACACAUAUUGGAGCAGUACACCAUGGGACAUCACAGAGGAUCCACCUGCCACACUGACUGUCUCUGUACCCCUAAUGUUGUUGGAGCCAUGGUCAGAGGGAGGGUAAGGGGUGUGCGCGUGUUUGUGCGUGUGAGUAUAGCGGUUUUAGGUCUGUAUGGGGGACUGUUUUCUUUUUAGGUCAGGGGACGGUAGAGCUGUCUAUGCUAUGGGGUGGGAGUGUAGGGGUCUGCCUGGCGCACAGACAGAGGGGGGUAGAAUGAGAUGUUUUGGAUAGCAGGAAAGAGAGACCUCCUGCUGGGGUGGUUCUGGUUCUCCUCUCCCUCUCUCAUCAUCCCUGUGCAGUAAUGAGGGCAUCCCCAUUGUCUAGUACAUUCCGGACUGAAAAUACUGAGGUGUAAGGUUCUCACUACCCCCUCUCCUCUUCAUCCUUGUUUGUCAGUCUGCCACACACACACACACCACAUGACUAGAGUUCUUAUGCAAUUACACUGUUUUGAAUCGGGUCAUGUUGCUGCUGUCUGCUCUCUCUGUCGGCAUUCAUUCACCAUUGUACUCUGACUGACUAUGAGCAGACUACACUUGACUUAAUAUUGACCCAAUGUGGCUUGUUUUUGUAGUGGCUAACAAUGGUACAGUGUUUAUGGAGGAUCCACCCCCAUUCAAGUCAGAUUGGUCAUCCUGUCUACUAGGCCUUGGUCAGUUUGACCAGUUGUUAAGAUAACCAACCAUCGUAACAGUCCUCAUUUACCUUUCACCUUUCUAAGGAGUGGACUGGUUACUAUGGUUACAGGAUGUAAAAAUGGGGUCUAUAACAAAGAGCUCAACCUCUGACACUAACGUGUUGACAUGUGAACUUUUUGCACUUGAGCUAUUCUACGCUCCAGAGCCGGAUGAGCGUGAGAGUGAAAAUUGGAGGCUGAGCUGAGCGGAGGGCCGACUGACUGAGGAGAGGCAUUCCUUGUCCUUCUCCACUCUGCCGUAACAUUAAAACAUGGCUGCCGGCCACCACUGACAAUUACUGCCCGCGUUUCCAGAGAGCAGCUUGGAAAGUCAGCGAGAAGUCACACACUGUCUUCCAGCAUUUCACCUCAGUGUAGGACAGGACAGGGAGGGGGAGAGAGAGAGAGGUGGAGAAGACAGGCUAGGAGGGAGGGAGAGGACUGGACAGGGAGGCGGGAGGGUAGGAAGAAGGGGAGGGAUGUUUUUUUCCGCCAAUGAAUCAGCCAUUGUCGUGAGAUAUGAGAGUCUGGUGCUUCAUGAAGGGCAGUGGACACUGACUAAUGUUGCUGCUGAAUUGCAGGCAAAAUUAAAUCAGCUCCAAAACCACUUUCUGGUCAAAAACGUUAUUUAUCUAUGAGGUAGUUUACGGAGGAACAGCAGCUCAUCUUUUCCAUAACAACCUGGUCAACAAGUUGCAAACAGUGGGCCUAUGAUUAUGUGAUUGUUGGAUAAAAUCAGGAUGAUUUAAGGAAUGACUUAACACUUCCACACCACUUCAACACAGUAUCUAAAUCAGCCAGUCCAACCCAGUGGGUUUGUAGAUGUCCACUAGACUAGUGUUUCCCAUUUCCAGUCCUCCAGUACCCCCAACAGCACACAUUUUUGUUGUAACCCUGGACAAACUCCCCUGAUUCAACUAAUUGAGGGCCUGUUGAUUGGUUGAAUCAGGUGUGCUUGUAUUGGAGCUACAACAAAAAUGUGUGCUGUUGGGGGUACUGGAGGACUGGAGUUGGGAACCAAUGUACUAGACCUCGGAUGAACCUGCUACAGUCCUCCCUGUUUUGUCUGACAAAUCCCCCCCAUUGUUCUGCUGAUUAUGCUUUCUUCGUGGGAACCCUGUCUUGUUGAUUAGAUGUCCUUUGUCUAGCUCUGCUGCAGUAGGCUAGUUGUCUAGAGAACUGGAAUCAUACUGUAGUAGUCAGAGGCUUGAUGCCCUGCCUGUAAUUCUGGAUUAAAACAAUGAUAUGGUAAUGAAUAGUCUAUGUUCCAUAGGCCUAUACUUUCUAAUGUAAUUUGAUUCAAUGAUAAUUAAUUAAUAUAGCUAGCUACUCAGUGAUCCCCUUUCUCGAUAUGACCCUUCUCAUUCAAAUUCUCAUAAUAGAAUGACAGCAAUCAUCUGUGAAAGAUGUUGUGAAAAACAAACAUUGUUACAUUUUACAUUUUGUUGACAGUUAUGACUGUUUAUUUAAUGUUUAAUCCACAGGAGGAGCCUCUGCCUCCCCCACCACCACCCAGAGGGUUCUAUAUCCAUGGUGAUGUUGGUAAGAUACGUUGUAACACAUUAUCUGCAAGUUAUAACACAUUAUCUGCAAGUUAUAACACAUUAUCUGCAGGUUGUAACACAUUAUCUGCAGGUUGUAACACAUUAUCUGCAGAUUAUAACGUAUUAUCUACAGGUUAUAACACAUUAUCUACAAGUUAUAACACAUGUGGAAAACCCCCUGUGGCUCCACCAAAAUGUUGCAGUUUCUGCAGCCCAUUCAGACACUUCUCCUUUCGGUGCCUAGGUCUGGCUGUAGAACUCUCUAACCUCCCUGACCUUGGUCAACUGACCUCUGAUUGGUUGACAUCUGAUGCUCAGAAUCACCAGACAUAUCUAGCCAAUCAGCUGCAGGCGAUUACCUGGUUUGGACCAGUUUAGGCUGCUCUGAACUCAGUCUCCUCCAGCUGCACAGAGAGCGGAUGCUCUUGUAUAUCUAUGCUGCUCCCUUUCACCUCUGGACUUCUCCAUCCAAGGACUACCACAUCUGGACUCCUUUAGUGUGUGUCACUUCCUAAAAUACCAUGCAUCUUCACACAUCUAUCACAUUUAUCACAAUCACUCAUUUUCUCCUGUAAUGCUAGUGUGUGUUGCAGCUGGCAAUAAACCUGAGUUUUUCACCCAUCUCCUACUGAGCCAUCUCCCUCUAACCGGGGUCAGUUGUUCCAUCCACCUUUUACAAGCAACUCUAUGGGUCCACCUCUUACCGGGUGUCGCUCUCUUUCAACACAUUACCCACAAGUUAUAACAAAUAAUCUGCCAGUUAAAACAUUAUCUACAAGGUAUAACCCAUUAUCUGCAAAUUAUAAUACAAUAUCUGCCAGUUAAAACAUUAUGUAUAGGUUAUAACACAUUAGCAGCAGGUUAUAACACAUUAUAUGACAGUUCUAACACUUACUUACAUUCAGUUUGAUGCUGACCCUGUGACUACUGACUAGGCAUGGUAUUGCCAUGGUUCAUGCUUUUUUUGUGGAUUUUGUUAGCUAUAUUUUAUGAUCCAUAUAUGUUUCGUUCUUGUCUGUCUUUUUUGGGGUGAAUUCCAGGCACAGGGAAGACCAUGCUUAUGGAUAUGUUUUACUCUCAUGUGGAUAACGGAUGUAAGAAAAGGGUCCAUUUCAACAGCUUCAUGUUGGACAUCCACAAAAGUUAGUGCUCUCCUCCUAGUAUGUCUCUUAAUAUACAGCUGUCAGAGGUUUGUUUGCUUGACUUUGAGCAAGUCCGACACCCCCAUACAUUCUGUAUCGUAUAUUUACCUCACUCUCUGCUGAUCCUGAUGCCAUACUAAAUUGUGUACCAUUAUGCAAAUAAGUAAAAUUACUGCUGUUACUACUACUUUGCAUUGUUAGUGGGUUUGAAUUUCAGAUGCAGGUGUGCUGUAAGAUGUUUGUGUCUGACGAUUGUGUAACCUUGUUAAAGGGAUCCACCGGAGGAAACAAAGCACUCCUCAACGGAGGCUAGGGAAAAUGUUCACCUAUGACCCCAUCUUGCCGGUUGCCAUGGAGAUCAGCAAUGAAACCUGUGUCUUGUGUUUCGACGAGUUUCAGGUGAGCGUGUGUGUGUGGAACGAGGAGGACUUGAGGUGACUCAAGCAGGUGUUUUUGGACACAUAACAAACUACAGUUAAAAAACAGCAUAACAAAAGGCACAAAACAACAAAAACGGUAAUUUCCAUUAACUAUCGACUGCACAAACUAAUAAGACAGAACACCAAAUUAGUCAGUGGAGUUUUAUGUGCCAGCUAAUGGGGAUGACAUAGACAGAAUUAGCAGAUCCUUCAAAACAUUAACAUCUCAUUUAUACUGAUGAACAGUAGGCCAUAUCAUAGGCAGGGUAAUGGCUCUAAAGCAUUUUUCCAUGUCCUCCUCUUGCUUAGAGCCAUUUGAGGGGAAGGUAAUGAGUCUCCUCAGACUCACAUAAACAGGGCUGGAGCCACCUAGUGGUUGGUGUGAGUGUAGCAGCACUCGGAGAUCCUACUCGGGCACUGAAAUAGCGACUGGCGGCGGCAUAACAUGGAGGAAGCUGCAUCCCCACACAUUUGCUCUGGAUCAUAUGUACCUCUUAUAAGCAGUCCAACAGCAUUACAAUAACUGUAGUUGCCUUCCCGACAAUCCUAACAGUAGUGAUGUAUCCACUGGUACAAAUAAGACCAGUACUCUGCUCUUUAGCUCUUUUAUCAUGCUGGCUAGUUGAUAUCUGCAUUGAGAGGCAUAUAGCCUUGCUUCUCAGUGAGUGACAAUAAGACGCAUAGGUAUUAUCACUCAUCCUUAUGGGGGGUCAAAGGUCACCGUAGGCACUGUCUCUCUCUUUAAUCACUCCCAGGGUGCAUCGGUGUGGAACAAGACCCUCUCCUUUCAUUCUGCCUUUUCACAUUUUAAACUGCCGCACUCUCUCUCCUCUCGCAUCCUCAUUGAUUUGUUUUGUUUACGGUUGCCUUGCUGCUUUGCUUUCUUUGCUUGUCGACUGUUGCUACUGGUGAAUAUGGACAACACGUGUGUCGUUGUAUGUGAUGCAUAAACAAGAGGACGGGGGGGAGGGAAGGAUUGUGUGGGGGGGGGGGGGGGGUUGAGGGUCCAUACCAAUCAGCAUCCUCCUCCACUCAGCCAUGCAAAUGAGGCUAUGUGGGUAUCAGUCGCACUCUCCUGUUUCCUUAAGUGAGUGGCGCUGGAAAGCGACUGGCGGCGGCAGCGGGUCAGAUGGAUCUUAUCCUCUUAAAUGCUAAUGACAUUUCUCCAUUCUCUUCAUUAGCACUGUGCCAUUAUCAGUAAUUUGUAGCCCCCCCCCCCCCCCCCCCCCCCCCUUUUGUCCCCCUCCAAGUCUCUCUAAUGAAUACUGGGCAUUGAGAAGGACGCCUGAGACGGAGAGAGGGAUGGAGAGACAGAGAAAGAGAGACUGAGGACAGAGACAGAGUGGGAAGAAAGCGCUUCAGGCUUUCAUUGUCUCAGAACCCCAGUCAGUGGGGCCUAUCUGUGAAAUUACUCAGGUUGUGUUGUUGUGUACGUAAAGGGGUGUAAGAUCAAAAGAGGCUUAAUUUGGCACCCAAGUGCGACGCUGCGGUAAACUGACUCCCCGCUAGAGUAAUUGGAUGCUCAUUUGAAUAUCGACAGUGGCGGCGGCUGUCGCACCGUUGUUUUUGUCUUGCACAAGUGCCGUAUAUUAGCCCCCCUUCUCUUUCUCUGGGAAACCUUUCGUAUCUCUCUUUCUCUCUCUGCUCUCUUCGUAUUCAGCAAUCAAUAUCGGCCCUUGGAGUGUGCGGUGUGUUUAGGGCCCAUGAAUAAACAAAUACAGGUUGGAUAAAGGUCAUAAUUAAAUGAUUCUUUUGAAAUUAAAAUUAAAAAUAACGGCUGGAGGAAAUGGGGCCUAUUCAGUGAGUAUAUAGGUCCCAGGCACCUUGGCUUUAUGUGGAUGUCACACACACACACACACACACACACACACACCCCUUAAUUGACUGAAGGAGAGUGCCUCUUGCUGCCUUGUUGCAAAAUCAAGGCUUUAGCUCCGAUGCUAAUGUAGUAUUGGCAGAGGGCAGAGGGGUUAGCAUGCGAAAGUAGAAGACACUCCAGGCUAAGAAAGGCAGCAUAUGCUGUGGGGAUGGCAGUCAUAAGUGUCUGUAUGAAACGGGAAGUAAAGGAGAGGAAAAGAGAGGGACGUUAAGGAGGGGGAGGGACCAUUAGAUAACAGGAACACCCUUCCUCUUAUCCACAAGUUCGCCAACCCUACUUCUCUACAUGGACUACAGUCUGCUUGAUUCCUAAUGAAAUACAUUAGAGUGGAUUUGACCAAGGAGAUUGAUUAUAGUGAUCAUAUAGAUAUUGGGGGGGGUGUAACAGAAGUACAGUACAGUUUUACUAUUUGGCAAGAUGGUCAGUCAAUCAGUUGCUCAUAAUGUUUGCCAAUGUCCUCUUGACAUGUGUGGAUUGAUUCACCGUAGUGCCGUGUUGUUGGUGGAAAAGGCAGCGGUUCCAUAGUGCUAAUAGAUAAUGAUCGUGGAGGCCAGCAGCAGCUCAGGGACAGUAAAGCCGUCAGGGCCCUCUUCACAAAAUGACCUCCAUCUAACACACACAAUCCCACACACUUCACACACCUUUUGUGCGGCCAUCUGGGAGUCUCUUUGUUUGCCAUUGUGGCCCCUGUUCGAAUUCAUAUCGCUAUCAUUUUUUUGUUAUUCUUUUCUUUCUCUCGUUCUCUCGCUUUGUCUGUUGAGUUGAUUAGCUCUGCCUCGCCGCGUUGGCUUGGCUACUUGUCCUCCACAGAAAGCUGCGUUGUGUGUGUGACCAUGACCAGGGUGAGAGAAUGGAAAAGACGUACAUCUAAAUGACUAAUCAGCUCAGGAGAUUGCGUGGUCAUUCUCAGCUCCCAUGUGUUGACCUAUAUGCGCACACAACCAUAUGCUUUUCUGCCACAAGAGAAGGCACAUUGUAGUCUGGCUGCCUUUUAAAUUCUCUCUCUCUCUCUCCCCCCCACCCCCAGGUGACUGACAUAGCUGAUGCGAUGAUUCUGAAACAGCUGUUUGAGACGUUGUUCAGGACUGGGGUAGUGGUGGUGGCCACCUCCAACAGGCCCCCUGACGGUGAGGUCAAAGUAAAUUCGCUCUCUGUACUGAGUCUCUUAAGGAGAGGUACUACAGUGCAGAUACCUUUUUGAUUCACGCAAUUCAUAUUAUUCACACGGCUCAUGCUUUAUUCGUGCACAACUGUGGUAUCAUUGUACUGUUAUUUGAUUUUGUGGCACACACACACAAUCAGAGUCCUACAUCAUUGUCAGUUUGUAAAGCAAUGCAGCUCGCUCCUUUCUCCUAUUGUGCUGUUGAACAAAGUCACACAUGCUGCUUUAACUCUACAGUACCGCUCCAAUUCACAUCCAGUCCAACCUGUUCACUUCACAUCGUGUCAAGCUCACCUUUCACUUCCAUAUAGCCCACGCCAUUGUUUUUCAAUUAUACUCACAAUUUGGGCUCUCACUGUUUCUCUCACUGUUUCUGGAGGUUAUCAGAUAUCCGAUAUAGUGCCCUAUCAUGUGGAUGCAUAUUUGAUCCUUUGGAUUCAGUCACAGUUAACUGGAAUAAGCUGAUAUUGUUUGUAUGGCAGCCCGAGGAGGUCGGUGAGACUGUGUAUAGCUGGGGUCGUGUUCAGCAGUGCACUGUAGCAAAACGCUUGGCAACAAAAAAACGAAAAGCUGUGUUCUUAUGGGAGAAGUUCCUCCCUGUUUCACACCGUUCCAAAACAUUUUCUCCCUACUGAACACAGCCCUGAUGAUGAUGCUGAAGGAGAGAGAGGGUUAAAUCACAGACAUACAUUUAAAUAUAUGGCUCUGGGGUGAACUAGGCUUCUUUCUGUUUGUUGAACUGAUGUUGAACAGCUCCUGCCUUUUUCUCCAUACCACUAUUAUCUGAAUCACCUGAAAUCCAGUGUUGUGUGUUGCCUCUCUGGAUCAAAGACUGUUCAAAGCGUUAUUUUUAAUCAUGAAAGAAGGAAAAAAUUAUUUGAUACACGUUCCAUGAAUCGAGCCAUGUAAACUCUUUAAUCUCUCCCUCACUCUCGCUCCCUCCAUCUCUCUUUCUCUGUCUCAUUCUCUCUUUGUUGAUUCCACCGCUGUUGUUUUGUCAAGGCUGUGAUGUUACAUUUAAUGCUAAGUGAGCAAGGUGGAGAGAGAGAGCAAGGGAGGGAGUAUGAGAGGGAGAGAUAAAGACAUGACGUUGGCUCUCUUCUCAGGGCUAACGUCAUCAAUGUCUCGUCGCUCAAUGGGUUUCCAGUUGAUGGCAACCGAGAUCGCUCUCUCUCUCAUUACAAAGACAAGCUUGUCUGACAUUUACCAGCCAUUAAGAACAAAGCGACUGACCACGCAAACUUGAUGGAGAUGCUUGUUUGUUUUUUAAUUAGACAGCUAAUGGAACACUAAGCCCUCAGAGACAGCCUGACAUGAAAGUAAAGGAGGAUUCCUCCUUUAUUGAUCUCCACAUGAGAUUGUGCUAGCUAGACUAUCAAACACAGCUAAAGUGGGUUAUGUGGUGGAUAGAUGGUGCUAGGCUAUCAAAAGCAGCUAAAGUGGGUUAUGUGAUUGAAGGGGAACUUACUUUGAGAUCAUGUGUCACGCUCCUCAGCACACUCUUGUUUUUGUCUGUUGUUGUGUAGCUCGAGCAGAGCAGUUGUCUCCUUGUCGUUCUUUAGAUGCACUUUUGUUAAUGGAUGUUUAGUAGAGAAGGACAGGCUGAAUGCUUCAUUUCAAGGUUGACACUAGAUUGUGGUGACUGUGGUGAAUUUAGCUGCCUGCCUCUCAGGCCCAUUGUAGGUCAGGCCACCUUACAUUUCAAUGGGAUCUAAUGUCGCAUCUCACACACAACCUGGAAGGAUGGAUGUGGGCUGUAUGAUUAAGCUUACCUUUUUCCACCCACAGUAAAAAAAAAUGGACUUCUUCAAUGUGUUGUAUUUGCUUCAUCUUGACUUUUUCUAUUAAAGUUGCCCUAAACAUGUUUUACCACAUUGAUAGGAGCCUCCUCACGACACACAUUGUUAGGCGUAGUAUACAGUGCAUUCAUAAAGUAUUCAGACCACUUCCCUUUUUCCACAUUUUGUUACGUUACAGCCUUAUUCUAAAAUGGAUUAAAUAAAACAUGUUCCUCAUCAAUCUACACACAAUACCCCAUAAUGACAAAGCGAAAAAAGGGUUUUAGAAAUGUUUGCAAAUGUAUUCAAAAUAAAAAACAGAAAUGCCUUAUUUAUAUAAGUAUUCAGACCCUUUGCUUGAAAUUGAGCUCAGGUGCAUCCUGUUUCCAUUGAUCAUCCUUGAGAUGUUUCUACAACUUGAUUGGAGUCCACCUGUGGUAAAUUCAAUUGAUUGGACAUGAUUUGGAAAGGCACACACCAGUCUAUAUAAGGUCCCACAGUUGACAGUGCAUGUCAGAGCAAAAACCAAGCCAUGAGGUCGACGGAAUUGUUCGUAGAGCUCAGACAGGAUUGUGUGGAGGCACAGAUUGUCUGCAGCAUUGAAGGUCCCCAAGAACACAGUGGCCUCCAUCAUUCUUAAAUGUAAGAAGUUUGCAACCACCAAGACUCUACCUAGAGCUGGCCGCCUGGCCAAACUGAGCAAUCGGGGGAGAAGGGCCUUGGUCAUGGAGGUGACCAAAAACCUGAUGGUCACUGACAGAGCUCCAGAGUUCCUCUGUGGAGAUGGGAGAACAGAAGGACAGCCAUCUCUGCAGCACUCCACCAAUCAGGCCUUUAUGGUAGAGUGGCCAGACGGAAGCCAUUCCUCAGUAAAUGGCACAUGACAGCCCACUUGGAGUUUUCCAAAAGGUACCUACAGACUCUCAGAACACGAGAAACAAGAUUCCCUGGUCUGAUGAAACCAAGAUGGAACUCUUUGCCCUGAAUGCCAAGCGUCACGUCUGGAGGAAACCUGGCACCAUCCCUACGGUGAAGCGUGGUGGCAGCAUCAUGCUGUGGGAUGUUUUUCAGCGGCAAGGACUGGGAGACUAGUCAGGAUCGAGGGGAAAGAUGAAUGGAGCAAAGUACAGAGAGAUCCUUGAUGGAAAACCUGCUCCAGAGCGCUCAGGACCUCAGACUGGGGUGAAGGUUCACCUUCCAACAGGACAAUGACCCUAAGCACACAGACAAGACAACGCAGGAGUGGCUUCUGGACAAGUCUCUGAAUGUCCUUGAGUGGCCCCGGACUUGAACCCGAUCUAACAUCUCUGGAGAGACCUGAAAAUAGCUGUGCAGCGACGCUCCCCAUCCAACCUGACAGAGCUUGAGAGGAUCUGCAGAGAAGAAUGGGAGAAACUCCCCAAAUACAGGUGUGCCAAGCUUGUAGCGUCAUACCCAAGAAGACUCGAGGCUGUAAUCGCUGCCAAAGGUGCUUUAACAAAGUACUGAGUAAAGGGUCUGAAUACUUAUGUAAAUGUGAUAUUUCACUAUGCCACUAAUUUACAUUUUAGUCAUUUAGCAGAUGCUCUUAUCCAGAGCGACUUACAGUUAGUGAGUGCAUACAUUUUUCAUACUGGCCCCCUGUGGGAAACGAACCCACAACCCUGGCGUUGCAAACGCCAUGCUCUACCAACUGAGUUAGACAUGCCUAGAGUGCCUUCACCAUGCCUCCUAAGCUGCGGGCACACUACACUGCAAGAGUUGAGAGGGUUGGAAGGAAUGGAAUAUGGAUCAUAUGAGUUACCUAACUAAGGACAGAACAUAAACACUGGCCUUCAGUACAUCGUGGGGCGAGUCACUGUUGACAGUCAAACCAGAUUGCCAUCUUUAAAGUAGACAACAGUGGUCAAGCCACUGAAAGCAACAUAACUUCGCUAACGUUAGAUGGCUUUGAUAGUGGUAGCUAACUAGUUAGAUCACUUGUUGGUUAAUGUGGUUAAAGCUAGCUGGCUAAUGUGGCAAUGACAGUUGUUCGUUAGCUAACUAGCUGGCUAAAAUAGACACAAACCGACAUAGCUAGCUAGCAUUAACUUGCUAGCUAACUUAGCUUGUUAAGUCGUUAUCCAACAAGCAAGUCAAUUAUAUAACGUUAGCUAUUACUACACAUUAGUUAAGGAAAAACAAUAAUUAGGGGAUUUGUUCCGCUUGUGUUUACCAAAUAAUCAUGACUUAAGUAGUUAACUAGCAUUCUGGGCAGCUAACGUUAACUGUCGUAGCUAGCUAACGUUAACUAGCUGAAUUCCUUAGUUAACGUUAGCGUAAUAUCGAAAAGCCCUAACUAGCUACGACUGCAAUUAGUUAUGGAAAACAGUUUGUUUAGACACCAACUGGUAUUUAUUAAGCAGAACAAACUGAUGUUGUGGAUAAUCAAUCACGACAGCUAGCUAGUUAGAAAGGAUUAACGCUAGCUAGCUAAAAACCUGCAUCAUCCAUAUAUGUAUAUAUUCCUUUACUUAGAUUUGUGUAUUAGCUAUUUGUUGUGGAACUGUUAGAUAUUACUUGCUAGAUAUUGCUGCACUGUCGGAACUAGAAGCACAAGCAUUUCGCUACACUCACAAUAACAUCUGCUAACCAUGUGUAUGUGACCAAUAAAUUUGAUUUGAUAUAUACAAAAGUAUGUGGACAAAUAAGAUAACCAUGCGCAAUGCCAAGCGUCGGCUGGAAUGGUGUAAAGCUCGCCGCCAUUGGACACUGGAGCAGUGGAAACGCGUUCUCUGGAGUUAUAAUAACACGUCACCAUCUGGUAGUCCAACAGACACAUCUGGAUUUGGCAGAUGCCAGGAGAACGCUACCUGCCCGAAUACAUAAUGCCAACUGUAAAGUUUGGUGAAGGAGGAAUAAUGGUUUGGGCUUUUUUUCAUGGUUCGGGCUAGGCCCCUUAGUUCCAGUGAAGGGAAAUCUUAAAGCUACAGCAUACAAUGACAUUCUAGAUGAUUCUGUGCUUCCAACUUUGUGGCAACCGUUUGGGGAAGGCCCUUUCCUGUUUCAGCAUGACAAUGCCCCCGUGCACAAAGCGAGGUCCAUACAGAAAUGGUUUGUCGAGAUUUGUGUGGAAGACCUUGACUGGCCUGCACAGAGGCCUGACCUCAACCCCAUUGAACACCUUUGGGAUGAAUUGGGACAUCAGUGCCUGACCUCACUAAUGCUUUUGUGGCUGAAUGGAAGCAAGUCCCCGCAGCAAUGUUCUGACAUCUAGUGGAAAGCCUUCUCAGAAGAGUGAAGGCUGUUAUAGCAGGAAAGGGGGGACGAACUCCAUAUUAAUGCCCAUGAUUUUGGAAUGAGAUGUUCAACGAGCAGGUGUCCACAUACUUUUGGUAAUGUAGUGUACCUUAACAACGUUAAAACAAGUCUAACUUCAUUGUCAGCUGCUACUCCUGUAAACUUAAACCCAAACAUCAACAACACCUACUCGUUUUCAUCUUUCCAAGUAGUUUAAGGGUGUGUGUGUCUCUGUGUUUUAUCGGUCUAUCAGGGAUGCUACUUCAAAUGUAAUUUGUUCCAGCAGAGCUAAUUGGAAAGUCUAUUCACGGGACUCUGUGGACAAUGUCCGAGCUGAAAAAGCGAAAGUCCUUUCUCCCGCCACCAUUGUUUGGGAAUGUAAUGAAUUUUAUGCUGCUGCUGCGGGUAGAGAAAUCCAUUUUUCUCCCUCUGCCCUAGUCCCUUUUGUCCUGCCUCCCCACCCAUCCUUUAGUUCAUCAAUAGCCACUUUAUGUGCCAAUCUGUGGCGGGAGAAUUACAUUAUUAGGGGGCUAAACAGCAGCGCUAACAUGGCGCCUCCCUCUCCUUUCAGAGCUGUACAAAAACGGACUUCAGAGAGACGCCUUCCUGCCUUUCAUCAACGUGUUGAAGGUAAAGACAAAGUCAUCCCCUCUUCUCUCCUCUUUUUAAUGUAUUCAUUCAUUUAUUCUCUCAUCCACCAGACACCUCACACAAACACACACACACACACCUCCGUUACUGUGUCUGUCUCUUUCCAAUUUGCUGUUGUGUGUUUUUUUUGGUGUGUUUUCUACCUGAGAAGCACAGUAUCACACACGAUGUCACAAAGCUGACUUUGAUCAUACCUGGAGAUGGUGAAAGACUCAAACGGACACAGAGAGAGAGGGGGAGUGGGGAGGGUAAGAGAGAAACCUAGAGCUAGAAAGAGAACGAACGCUCGCUGUGUGAAUGGGAAACAGACAAGCGAGCGGAGGGAAUGAACCAGCCUGCUUGCAUUUCAAAGUGAGGAGAGAAAGGGGAGCGAGAGGGGUGGGCUGCGGGGUAGCACCAUGGAUAGAAACAAGCAAUGCUCCGAGACUACUUUGCAAUUUAAUAGCAUUAUUAUAAGCAGGUAGAACCAUUAUCCAUUAACCAUUAUCCUGGCAGCACCAGAGAUGAUUACGAGGUGUUUAUACUGACUAUGAUCAUAAAUAAUUGCGGAAUAAUUUUACAUUCAUUUUGCAGGAGAGGAGAGCAGGAAAACAUUCUUUCACUUUUCAUAACUAAAUAGUAGAGAUAAACGUUAGGAAAUGGAUCCCUCUUGUGAAACAGAGGGUUGCGUGGGUGCUCGAACAUACACACACACACACAAUGAUAGUUAUUGCACGGGCGCGCGCACACACACCCCAGUGGUACCUCUGAGGAAUCAUCAGAAGACGUACAAGAACACGCAGAACAGACAACCCAGGCAUUUCCCUAAAGAGAGCAUCUACUAAUCCAAGAAGGACCUUUCUAUGUGGUAAUAUCAUGGGCUAGAUGAUACCUUUUACCACUGAUGUAUGUAGUUAACACAACCACUAACCUUAAAGAGCGACUUAACGUACCGAUUCCGCAAGUUACUCAUUAAGAAAAACGAGAUUUCAGUCUUAGCGGUGUGGUUCGAUGUGGAAGCUACUGAUGUUUGUCCCCCAUGAGACACCAUAGGAACAAAACCAGUAUAUCUUCCUCAAAAUAGUCAGAAUGACUCUAAGAACUCAAGAAAUCUGUAAGGAAUUUUGAUGUGUUUGCAGAGGAGGUUUUAGUCAUGCAAUUUUACAUUUGCUAAGGUAUUUGGUGCAGUAUUUCUCAAGUUAUAAAAAAAAUAUGCCACAUGUUGUCUUAUGUAAACAAAGUCAGAUCAGCUGCAGUGCUGGGCAGGUUUGUCUCACUGUCUGUGUGUUCUGCUGUAGGAUUGGAUAUAGCGCAAUCACCAUGUGUAUCCCUUGUUAGUAGGCAAGUGAGCAUUGUCGAAAUGAAUAACCAACCCCUCAAAUAAGUAAUGACAAUCUCGCUUACAAAAGUCUGUUUUGGACAAGACUGACUUUGACCAAAAUUAUCCUAUUUACACUUAGUAAUCAAUUUUGACACUAGAAUAAAUGUUUCUGACUAAUAUCGAUGCCACAGGCCGUUUUUAUAUCCGAUAAAUUGUUUAUUGCCAUCAGUUGCGCUUUAAAGUCAUAAAGCACUCACACCCAAACUUCUAUCUAACCAUUGGUUGUGGAAUGCACAUGUUCUCAGGGGAUUAAGGUUUGGUUUGGGGGUGUUUUUAAUGAAGAGUUUCAGGGUCACUGGAGCUCUACUGUGUGUCCCCCUCCAUUUUGGUCUUUCACCAGGGCCUUAAAGUCACCAUACCCCAAAACCGCUCCCCUCUCCACCUCUUGCCCUCAUCCUAAUCCAGCCUCAUAAGGAACUGUGAAUGCCCUUGGUCCCAUUCUGCCUCCUCUCUGCCUCCUCUCUGUCCCCUCUCUUUCAGACUCCCAUGUUGCCCUUUGUGAGGCCAUCUGGUUUUGGGGUGGAGUGGAGAGUUUGGGGAUGCUCCCCUCCCAACAGUGGACGUCCUGCCAAGUUAGAAAGGGUUGGUGGGGGUGUGAUCAUUUACAUUUUAGACAUUUAGCAGACACUCUUAUCCAGAGCGACUUACAGGAGCAAUUAGGGUUAAGUGCCUUGCUCAAGGGCACAUCGACAGAUUUUUCACCUAGUCGGCUCGGGACUUAGAACCAGCGACCUUUUGGUUACUGGCACAGCGCUCUUAACCACUAAGCUACCUGCCGCCAGGUGUGAUGAGGGUGGUUCCUCGCCCCCACUGGGUGACCCUAAAUAGUUUGAAUUAAAGCUGGAAGGGACCAAUGAUUCCAUCCCUCUGACACUUUGGAUGUAGAGUCAGUGUGUUUUGGAGUGAAGCCAUGGUGUGAAAGGGGGAGGAGAGGUGAGUAGUGAGUGAGGGUGUGAGGGUGUGAAAUUAGCCUCUGACCUCUCCUCCCUGUCACCUGAGCUGGAGUGUUAGGGGUUAAUCCCUCCCUCUCCAGCGUGGAUGUCUUAUAUCUCUAUUGACUUCUGAUUAGAGGAGACCCCAGGGACCCUCGAACCACCCUGCCAAGCCCCCCAAACCACCCUGCCUCUUCCCCCAACUAGCUACCUUGCCGAGCGUUCUGCUACCCUCCUGCCUAGCCCCCUCCUACUGCUCCCAGCGUUCACAGGGGUAGUUACAAGAGAGAGCGAGAGAGAGAUCACACUCGUUUUGAUCUGUCCUCUAUCCCCCUCUUUCAUUCUCUUCAGCAUUUCUUUCUUAGGCGAGGAGACUGCAUUCGCUUUCUCUGUCCCUCCUCCAACUUUCUCUUUCUUUUCUUUUCUUUUCUUGGUCUACCUCUGUUAUCCCUAUCUGCAGGCCCAAGGUCAGGAGAUUUUUCCCUGUCCUCUUUUGAUGCUGGAGAAAUAUGAUAACCUUUAUAAAACUUGAGUAGCUGUAUUCUCCCCCCCCCCCCCCCCUUCAUCUAUCCUUCCUUUGUGGUGGCUAAUUGCUAUGUAUUGCAGGAAGUUCUUUUUAGAAAAAAAAAUAAUAAUAAUACAUUUAAUAAAUAAGUCGACCGUUGCAACAUGUUCAGCUGCAAGGAAAAAAUUGACUGAAAUACUUGUUCCCCUCUAGUAAAGGCCUUUCUGUCUGUUGAGGACCUAUGUAGAGGGGUUCGAAGAGUGCCCAGUAAAUGAAAAUUGAUGGCUGCUAUUGUCCCCCUGGCAUUUAGUUACAUAACAAUAAUGCUCCCUGUGCCUUGGGUUUUACUUUAACUCUUUCUUUUAAAUAAUUUCUUCACAACAUAGCUUUCAAGUCAUGUAUUUUCCAAUGGAAUAGAAAUAGCCUUGCAUUUGUUGCUUUUCAUGGACAUUCUAUCGGUGAAAUGUAAUGGCGUUCAUUUCUUUCUUUUCCUUUCUGACUGGCAUUCUGUCUUUGUUUUUUGCCCCUAGAAUAUUUGUUCUACCGGUAAGUUUUUCUGUGAGUGCGUGCGUGCGUGCGUGCGUGCGUGCGUGGCAGGCCACCUCAGAGCCCCUGUGACAGGAGCUUUAAUCUGAUAAUGGCUCAUUUAGAUCAUGAAAGAGAGCAGCAGAGACUGGGGUUUUACACUCUCCACAUCUCUCUCCAUCACUCACUCCACAUCUCUCUCCAUCACUCUCCACAUCUCUCUCCAUCACUCUCCACAUCUCUCUCCAUCACUCACUCCACAUCUCUUUUUCCUUUUUCCCACAUGUGCACCUACAUUUAUUUAUAUUUCUCUCCUUCCAUUCCCCCCGUUUCUUGAUUCCAGUCUCCCGCGCUCGCUCGCUCGCUCUCUCUCUAACUGCCUCCCUCCUAUAGGAGUACUGUUGUGAUUGUCUGCUUCUCUCUGGAGCGCUAGUGGCCAGGUGCAGAUGGGACACCCCCCUUACCCAUGUCGCUGCAUGUCAUGGGGGGUACGGGAGGGAGGCUCCAGCUGGGAGUGGGGGGGGUCUGGAGGAGUGGAGCUGGGGGUUCAGUGGGGCCCUGGAUCACCUAAAGGCGGGCCCUGUGCUCAAAAGAUGUUUCCUCAAGAGGAGCAGCCGAGGCAGGGGGAGGUUGUGAGAACGACCCCGUGGAACAAACCAUCCAGGACCCAAGGCAGUCACACUUUAAGGGAAUAGCUCAUUAGGUGUAAUUAGGGUGGUCACAUUGUUAUGCCCCCCCCCCCCCCGUAGCGUCACUUGGAGUGAAUAAAUUCACCACACACACACCCGCUCCCCUCCCCAGUUAGUGAAAACACUUUGAUGUCAGAAGAGUCGUCCAGGACGGGCCAGCAUAAAGGCACUGUUUUAGACUUUCUCUUUUCUCCCUCUCUUUCUCCCAACCCCUCUAUCCCUCCCUCCCUUUUCUUCUCCCCCUUCACACAGGCUGUAAGACACACACGGAUGAAUGGACGACAACCUUUCCCCUCCAACUCCCGCCCCACACAUACACACAUUCUCUCCCUGCCCUCCCCCCAACUCUUUUUCAGCCUUCCCACCCCAUGUUCUUUGAGGCCUGGUCAAUUCUCUGGGCCCCCCCAAAAAAAAAGCAUCAAAUGUUUUCUGCAGUUGGUAAUGAGGGAGUGGACCUCAUCAGGCCACAGUAGUCAGCUAUCCUUGGCUUUUGUUGCUGCUCAAUGGCACCGCGCUCUUUGAAAAACUCAAAAGCAACUUUUUGAGGAGUGAGGGACAGAGAAAAGGGGGGGGAGAAGCCACUGUUUGUAUGCUAAACGGCUGUCCAGAGAGAGAGUGGUGGACAGCUUGGACAAUUACAUGAUUGGAGCUACAUGUUUUAGGAUGACUUUUUCUAAAGAGACUCUGAUUCUCAUGUCUGUCAUGGCUGUGUGAGAAAACAAGAUAAAGCAAGAAAGGGUGCUCUUUGACUGGUGGCGAGCUAUCCUGACAGUAACUGGAUUGCUACCGGUUUAUUGAAAAGGGAUAUUCAGAAUGUGGUGUAGGAUUUUGAGUUAGAGGAAAGUAUGGCAUAUGAAAGUGUGUAAUUAGGGAAUAAGGUUAUGUGGAGAAGUUGUAGUGUGGAGAGGAACAUCCUAGCAUGUGGGGGGCAGGAUGGAGAGAAGAGUAGAGUCAUAGGUGAGUGAAGUCUGCGAGGAAAGAGCGAGAACUUUCCAAACCCCUCAAGAUGGUAAUCAUGUAAUAACCGACAAGGCCUCCUGCUCAUCUGAUUAGAAAUAACCAAUGAUGCCAUCAUCACUGAUUGUGUUGCCUUCACCUCUCUCUCUCUCUCUCUCUCUCUCUCUCUCUCUCUCUCUCUCUCUCUCCUCUCUCUCUCUCUCUCUCUCCUCUCUCUCUCUCUCUCCUCUCUCUCUCUCUCUCUCUCUCUCUCUCUCUCUCUCUCUCCUCUCGCUCUCUCUCUCUCCUCUCUCUCUCUUCGUCUCUCUCUCUCUCUCUCUCCUCUCUCUCGUCGACCCAUCAGGCUUCUAUAGGUAGACAAAUCCAAGAGGGAAAAAAAGGAGGGAGAAGAUUAGCGUUGGUUUUGUAAUGCGACGCGGCGGUUGAUGGCGCCGCCGAGGUGUUAUUGCGGAGGGACUAUUUACCCGUCGGCCGCGGCGCUGCUUGGUGAGGUCGCGGCUCGGUUGAUGAAAUGACAUGUCCCUUUUGUGCGUGGGGGAUGGAGAGUUUGUCAGGUUGUUAUUAAGCCUGAUUCAACCAAUUGGCUCGGAGUGGGAACCCCGUUUGUGUGAGCGGGCGCAGAGAUAAGAAGUUGACAGCGGCGGUAGAAGAAUGGAGUAUUUCCGUCUCCUUGCUUUGUGGUGAUUGCUAAUUAUCCCACUGCUCAAGGAGGCCGGUGGCACAAAUUCACUGAUUUCAUCAUUUGCGCCGAGCUGUCAUUGAAUACUGAUUCGCCUGGCACGGCGUUCGUUUGAUGAUAUAAUUUUUUUUUCUUCUUGUCUUUUCUUUUUUUCUGAGAAUAGAGGAGAUAAUGAUUAUAGUGUGCCGUGCUCGCUGACAUGUAUCGCGUUGACGUUUUAUACUUACUGGGAAAGUUUGAACUCUGCAGCAGAAGUUUCAACUCUGCUGUUCCACUUGAAUAAAGAAAGGACUGUAGAUCAGCUAGAAAAAUACAACAAAUGAAAACAUGACAAAAACAUGAGGAAGUUAGUAAAGCCUUAAAACAUGACAGUACACUUACUGCCAUACUUGUAUUAGUUGCCAGCUGCUUCCUGUGUCACCCUCCUGUGGAAAUGCUAUUGUGCACCUCUCACUAACUCUCUCACUUACACAUUUACAUUUACAUCAUUUAGCAACUCACAUUGGUUUUGGUACCGAGGUUGUUUUUGCCACAUUGCUAAAUCAACAUGUUUGGUUUUUCUGUGUGUAGGAAUACUGCCAGCCCAUGGGCAUAGACUCUGGGGUUGACUAUAGAAGACUGGACCUACCUUCAGCAGGGAAACUCUACUACCUGUAAGAGAGUGUGUGUUUGGGCAUGCAUGCAUGAGUGUGUGUACGCAUGUAUGCCUGCAUGUGUGUUUUCUCUCACAAUGUGAAAGAGGCUUUAUAGCCACACUUCUACACUCCUAAAUAAUAGUCAGUCUCUGUGUGGGGCAGUAUGGAGGAAACACACUUAGCCCCGUGCCUCUUUUUAUGGAGAUGGUUGGGAGAGUUGGCUGUUUUGAUGUGACCCUGGCCUCCUCCCACGCCACUGGAAGGGUCAGUGCUGAUUGGAGGUGCCUCACUUUGAACACACACGAGAGGUUCUCAUGGGCCUGUAUGUCACACACACACCUCCUGUUUACACAAUCCCUGAGCUAUAACACAGUAAACAAAGUGAUGGCAACUAUAACACUAUUACAUCAACACACAUUUAAAAAAUACUACAGUUUACUAUAGAAUACUACAGUACUUACAAUAUAAUCAUGUAGUAAACUGUAGAAUACUAUACUAAACACUGUCGUAUCCCUCGAUCAUGUGUAGUACUUACUAUAGCAUUUUGUAAUAUACUGUAGAAUAUUAUAGUAAAUACUAGUGUUAUCUGCAAAAAAGUAGUUUAACUAUAGUAAUACUACAGUAUUUCUUUUUCAUAUCCUGCCCAUUCCCCUCCCCCAUAUCCCAAUUUGUGCCCCACAUAAGUGAGAAACCUACAUGCCAAGUAUAGAUUAUAUUGUGUUCCCUAUAGGUUAUAGAAAAGAGCAGAAGCUUUUUUUAUUAUUUCUCCAUUAGGUUUCCUCAAGGAGAAAGCCCCCAUUUCUAUGUCAAAAAGAAUGCAACAAAAACACUAUAGUAAAUAACACAGUAAUAUCCACAAAAACAAUACAGUCCGCAAAAACAUUAUAGUAUUCUACAGUCUCCAAAAACACUACAGUAAUUACUAUAGUAUAUACUACAGUUUUUGUUACUACAGUAUUUAAACGAUAGUUAACUGUAAAUACUACAGUAUACUACAGUAUUCACUGUAGUGUUUUUGCUGACUUUAGUCUGCAAAAACACUACAGUGAAUACUGUAGUAUUUAUACCAUAGUAUAUUAUAGUAUUUUUUUCAUGUGGGAACCUAACAAAACGCACACACUAACUGUUCUGCCAGUUUGCAUUUAAUAUGAGAGAGGAGACCGAAGGGGAGAGAGAGAGAGCAAGAGAUAGACAGACCGAAAAGGACAGAGGGAGUUAGGAGUAGGUAAGGACAGAGUAAUGCCACUAACCUACAGUGACAGUACGGCCACUAGCCUACAGUGACAGUAAGGCCACUAGCCUACAGUGACAGUAAGGCCACUAGCCUACAGUGACAGUAAGGCCACUAGCCUACAGUGACAGUAAGGCCACUAGCCUACAGUGACAGUAAGGCCACUAGCCUACAGUGACAGUAAGGCCACUAGCCUACAGUGACAGUAAGGCCACUAGCCUACAGUGACAGUAAGGCCACUAGCCUACAGUGAGAGGGAAAGGGACAGAUAGAGGAGUAGAGAAAUACAGAAUGAUUGAGUUUGAAAAGGCAGAGUCCUAUUCUUCCCAUUGCCUGUACACACACACAGAGUAUGAAUAACAUUGCCAUUGCUCAUUGCGUAGCCAGAGAUUUCAAGUGCCUUCCUCUUUCAGUGUAUGCAAAUAAAACAAAUUGCACUCCUCUUUACCUGAACGAGAGUUAAAACACACGCACAGACAGACAGAUUCAAUCUGCCACGCAUUCACAGGCUAAUGCUUGUGUUUACAGUCUAACAUCCCGUUCUUUGGAGAUGGAGUGAAAAGCUAAGUACCCCCCCUCCUUCCCCCUCCCCGCACCCGCUGUUUGAUGUGGCCACUUCAGCCGUAUUAAUUUCAUAUUCUAUUAUCCCCCUCUUUCUCUCUUCCUCAUUGUGUGUGUGUGUAUUUGUGCGCAGCACCAGAGAGCUUGAUGCAGAGGCCUUCAUGGAUACGCUGUUUCAGGAGCUGGCUGUGAAACAAAACAAUGGUAGGAAGUUAAUGUACCUCUUGUGAAAAAGAUAGAGGGGGAGGAAAGGGGGGAGAGAGAGAAAGUAAAAGGGCGAGAGAGUGGAAUGGAGAGUGUGGAGAUUGAGAGACAAAAGGAUGGGAGAAAGAGAGGGAAGGGGGAAAUGGAGGCAGACAGAACAUGUCCACUUACAUGAUUGGAACUUGCAUUACUAUAGUAAAGGAGGGUGAAAACUAGUAGGCCCAGUGAUAUUGAGGCUAAAAUAGUGGCUAUAGUUUCAGUAUUGAGUUGAUUUCUGUGUAUGAUGAGCUAUAUGUUGGGUCAAUUAAUCGUGUGUGUGUGUUUCCGUAGUAACGGGUCCCAGGGUCCUGACGGUGCAGGGCAGAGAGUUGAGACUGGAGAAGACCUGUGGAACCAUCGCUGACUGUACCUUUAAAGAAUUGUGUGAUAGAGUGAGUUACUUACACAUCCAUCUGCUCUACAGUGAGGUAAAAAAAGUAUUUGAUCCCCUGUUGAUUUUGUACGUUUGCCCACUGACAAAGACAUGAUCAGUCUAUAAUUUUAAUGGUAGGUUUAUUUGAACAGUGAGAGACAGAAUAACAACAAAAAAUCCAGAAAAACGCAUGUAAAAAUUUUUAUACAUUGAUUUGCAUUUUAAUGAGGGAAAUAAGUAUUUGACCCCUCUGCAAAACAUGACUUAGUACUUGGUGGCAAAACCCUUGUUGGCAAUCACAGAGGUCAGACGUUUCUUGUAGUUGGCCACCAGGUUUGCACACGGGGAUUUUGUCCCACUCCUCUUUGUAGAUCUUCUCCAAGUCAUUAAGGUUUCGAGGCUGACGUUUGGCAACUCGAACCUUCAGCUCCCUCCACAGAUUUUCUAUGGGAUUAAGGUCUGGAGACUGGCUAGGCCACUCCAGGACCUUAAUGUGCUUCUUCUUGAGCCACUCCUUUGUUGCCUUGGCCGUGUGUUUUGGGUCAUUGUCAUGCUGGAAUACCCAUCCACGACCCAUUUUCAAUGCCCUGGCUGAGGGAAGGAGGUUCUCACUCAAGAUUUGACAGUACAUGGCCCUGUCCAUCGUCCCUUUGAUGCGGUGAUGUUGUCCUGUCCCCUUAGCAGAAAAACACCCCCAAAGCAUAAUGUUUCCACCUCCAUGUUUGACGGUGGGGAUGGUGUUCUUGGGGUCAUAGGCAGCAUUCCUCCUCCAAACAGGGCGAGUUGAGUUGAUGCCAAAGAGCUCCAUUUUGGUCUCAUCUGACCACAACACUUUCACCCAGUUCUCCUCUGAAUCAUUCAGAUGUUCAUUGGCAAACUUCAGACGGCCCUGUAUAUGUGCUUUCUUGAGCAGGGGGACCUUGCGGGCGCUGCAUGAUUUCAGUCCUUCACAGCGUAGUGUGUUACCAAUUGUUUUCUUGGUGACUAUGGUCCCAGCUGCCUUGAGAUCAUUGACAAGAUCCUCCCAUGUAGUUCUGGGCUGAUUCCUCACCGUUCUCAUGAUCAUUGCAACUCCACGAGGUGAGAUCUUGCAUGGAGCCCCAGGCCGAGGGAGAUUGACAGUUAUUUUGUGUUUCUUCCAUUUGCGAAUAAUCACACCAACUGUUGUCACCUUCUCACCAAGCUGCUUGGCGAUGGUCUUGUAGCCCAUUCCAGACUUGUGUAGGUCUACAAUCUUGUCCCUGACAUCCUUGGAGAGCUCUUUGGUCUUGGCCAUGGUGGAGAGUUUGGAAUCUGAUUGAUUGAUUGCUUCUGUGGACAGGUGUCUUUUAUACAGGUAACAAGCUGAGAUUAGGAGCACUCCCUUUAAGAGUGUGCUCCUAAUCUCAGCUCGUUACCUGUAUAAAAGACACCUGGGAGCCAGAAAUCUUUCUGAUUGAGAGGGGGUCAAAUACUUAUUUCCCUCAUUAAAAUACAAAUCAAUUUAUAACAUUUUUGACAUGCGUUUUUCUGGAUUUUGUUGUUGUUAUUCUGUCUCUCACUGUUCAAAUAAACCUACCAUUAAAAUUAUAGACUGAUCAUUUCUUUGUCAGUGGGCAAACGUACAAAAUCAGCAGGGGAUCAAAUACUUUUUUCCCUCACUGUAUCACUCUCUCGCCCCUCUCUCUUUAUUUGUCUUCAUCUCUCUCUCUUCUCCCAACUCCACCUCUCUCCUGCUUGUUGUUGUAUCUCUCUCUCUUUGUGUUGACUAAGCUCUGCUAGUUUUAAAAAAAAUUGAUAUUUAAAAUUAUUUAACCCCUUUUUCUCCCCAAUUUCGUGGUAUCCAAUUGGUAGUUACAGUCUUGUCCAAUCGCUGCAACUCCCGUACGGACUCGGGAGAGGCGAAGGUCGAGAGCCGUGCGCCCUCUGAAACACAACCCUGCCGAGCCGCACUGCUUCUUGACACAAUGCCCGCUUAACCCGGAAGCCAGCCGCACCGAUGUGUCGGAGGACGACACUGGGCCAAUUGUGUGCCGCCCCAUGGGUCUCCCAGUCGCGGUCGGCUAACGCUCUGCUACGUUUUCUCUUUCCAACCAGAUCCCACUAUUCUUCCUAAUUCUUUCUCUCUUUUUGCCCUCAUUCCCCCCUUCUCUCUAUCUCUCCUGUGUUUUUUAACUCAUCCACUCAUAGUACUUUUCCUGCAGCUUUUUGUACGUCCUUCAUUCUGUCCUUCCUCUUUGUUUCUACCUCUUCUUCUUUUUACAUUUUUCUAGCUGAUUCUCGUUCCUUCUGCUCUCGUCCUUGCUCCCUCCUCCUGCCCCCUCCAAUUCUAUAUUCAUUUAUCUGUGCGCUGUUCAAUGUCAAAGACUACAGGCUAUUUUUAAUUGUUUUUGUUGAGCAGGGAAUAGCAUUGGCCUUUUAGUGUUUCUACACUGAACAAAAAUAUAAACGCAGCAUGUGAAGUGUUGGUCCCAUGUUUCAUGAGCUGAAAUAAAAGAUCCCAGAAAUGUUCCAUAUGGACAAAAAGCGUAUUUCUCUAAAAUGUUGUGCACAAAUUUGUUUACAUCCCCGUUAGUGAGCAUUUCUCCUUUGCCAAGAUAAUCCAUCCACCUGACAGGUGUGGCAUAUCAAGAAGCUGAUUAAACAGUAUUAUCAUUACACAAGUGCACCUUGUGCUGGGAACAAUAAAAGGCCACUUUAAAAUGUGCAGUUUUGUCACACAACACAGUGCAACAGAGGUCUCAAGUUUUGAGGGAAUGUGCAAUUGGCAUGCUGACUGCAGGAAUGUCCACCAGAGCUGUUGCCAGAGAAUUGAAUGUUAAUUUCUCUACCAUAUGCCGCCUCCAACGUCAUUUUGGAGAAUUUGGCUGUACUUCUAACCGGCCUCACAACCACAGACCACGUGUAACCACGCCAGCCCAGGACCUCCACAUCCGGCUUCUUCACCUGCGGGAUCGUUUGAGACCAGCCACCCGGAAAGCUGAUGAAACUGUGGGUUUGUACAACCGAAGAAUUUCAGCACAAACUGUCAGAAACCGUCUCAGGGAAGCUCAUCUGCGUGCUUGUCGUUCUCGCCAGGGUCUUGACCUGACUGCAGUUCGGCGUCGCAACCGACUUCAGUGGGCAAAUGCUCACCUUUGAUAGCCACUGGCAUGUUGGAGAAGUGUGCUCUUCACGGAUGAAUCCCGGUUUCAACUGUACCAGGCAGAUGGCAGACAGUUUGUAUGGUGUUGUGUGGGCGAGCGGUUUGCUUAUGUCAACGUUGUGAACAGAGUGCCCCAUGGUGGGCAUAAGCUACGGACAAUGAACCCAAUUGCAUUUUAUCGAUGGCAAUUUGAAUGCACAGAGAUACCGUGACGAGAUCCUGAAGCCCAUUGUAGUGCCAUUCAUCCGGCUAUCACAUCAUUUUGCAGCAUGAUAAUGUACAGCCCCAUGUCACAAAGAUCUGUACACAAUUCCUGGAAGCUGAAAAUGUCCCAGUUCUUCCAUGGCCAGCAUACUCACCAGACAUGUCACCCAUUGAGCAUGUUUGGGAUGCUCUGGAUCGACGUGUACGACAGCGUGUUCAAGUUCCCGCCAACAUCCAGUAACUUUGCACUGAAGAGGAGUGGGACAACAUUCCACAGGCCACAAUCAACAGCCUAAUCAACUCUAUGCGAAGGAGAUGUGUGCGCUGCAUGAGGCAAAUGGUGUUCACACCAGAUACUGACUGGUUUUCUAAUCCACGCCCCUACUUCAAAAAAAAAAAAAAAGGUAUCUGUGACCAACAGAUGCAUAUCUGUAUUGCAUGUGAAAUCCAUAGAUUAGGUCCUAAUGAAUUUAUUUCAAAUUGACUGAUUUCCUUAUUGAACUGCAACUCAGUAAACUCUUUGAAAUUGUUGCAUGUUGCGUUUAUAUUUUUGUCAAUGUAUAUCCUGCAUGAGUGGGACCAUUAACAUGAAUAGCUGCUCUUUCACCUAGUCGUACCACAGUCUACUGUAUGAGUGUACACACAUAGAAAGUUAAUUAUCAUUUGUAAAAUGUGUGUGUGUACGUGCGCGUGCAUGCAUGUCAGAUAUAGAGACAACCCUCUCGUAGCAUGACGCACAUGGGAGAGUACAAUGUAUAUAUUUGUUAAUGACGUUACUAUCCUGUAUCUCCACUCAGAGAGGAUUUACUGGGCGGUGCACCCCGAGGUCGGAGUUAAAGCCCAAUACUGGCCAAAUACGACCUUCACAAAGGUUACAUACACAUUGCACUAGGGAAUCAUUCAUAAAAUAGGAAGUGCCCAUUUUAAAGCGUUUAAAACCAAUAUACAGCGCAUUCGGAAAGUAUUCAGACCCCUUAACUUUUUCCACAUUUUGUUACGUUACUGCCUUAUUCUAAAAUUGAUUAAAUUGUAUUUUUUCCCUCAUCAAUCUACGCACAAUACCCCAUAAUGACAAAGCAAAAACAGGUUUUUAGACAUUUUUGUACAUGUAUAAAAAUAAAACGGAAAUAUGACAUUUACAUAAGUAUUCAGACCCUUUACUCAGUACUUUGUUGAAGCACCUUUGGCAGCGAUUACAGCCUCAAGUCUUCUUGGGUAUGACGCUACAAGCUUGGCACACCUGUAUUUGAGGAGUUUCUCCCAUUCUUCUCUGCAGAUCCUGUCAAGCUCUGUCAGGUUGGAUGGGGAGCGUCGCUGCACAGCUAUUUUCAGGUCUCUCCAGAGAUGUUCGAUUGGGUUCAAGUCCGGGCUCUGGCUGGCCCACUCAAGAACAUUCAGAGACUUGUCCCAAAGCCACUCCUGCGUUGUCUUAGCUGUGUGCUUAGGGUCGUUGUCCUGUUGGAAGGUGAACCUUCACCCCAGUCUGAGGUCCUGAGCGCUCUGGAGCAGGUUUUCAUCAAGGAAGGUUCUCCCAUCUCCACAGAGGAACCAUCGGGUUCUUGGUCACCUCCCUGACCAAGGCCCUUCUCCCCCGAUUGCUCAGUUUGGCCAGGCGGCCAGCUCUAGGAAUAGUCUUGGUGGUUCCAAACUUCUUACAUUUAAGAAUGAUGGAGGCCACUGUGUCUUGGGGACCUUCAAUUCUGUAGACAUUAUUUGGUACCCUUCCCCAGAUCUGUGCCUCGACACAAUCCUGUCUCGAAGCUCUACGGACAAUUCCUUCGACCUCAUGGCCUGGUUUUUGCUCUGACACGCACUGUCAACUGUGGGACCUUAUAUAGACAGGUGUGUGCCUUUCCAAAUCAUGUCCAAUCAGUUGAAUUUGCCACAGGUGGACUUCAAUCAAUUUGUAGAAACAUCUCAAGGAUGAUAAAUGGAAACAGGAUGCACCCAAGCUCAAUUUCGAGUCUCGUAGCGUCUGAAUACUUUAUUUUUAACACAUUUGCAAAAAAUUCAAACAACCUGUUUUUGCUUUGUCAUUGUGGGGUAUUGUGUGUAGAUUGAUGAGCAACAUGUUUUAUUUAAUCAAUUUUAGAAUAAGGCUGUAAUGUAACAAUGUGGAGAAAGGGAAGGGGUCUGAAUAUUUUCCGAUUGCACUGAAUGGUCACUAUGCCAGGGUUCUCCCCAAAUAAGUGGGGCGCUGCUCCAUCUUGUCGGCUUGGCUGCGCCACUAUGUAAAGAUUUCAUACCAAAUGAAACUGAUAUUUAGUAAUGAUAGGGUAACUAUAUUUGAUCGCUAAUGAUGACAUUGUUGUAACUUUGCGAAAGAGGCCGUUCAUAAAUUCAGAGCGUUAUCACGCUCCUCAAUUCAUUCAGUGCAUUUCAGUAGAAGGCUAUCUUGACACAGACCACACUCAGGACGCACAGAGUGCACCCAUAGUAUGGUGUUGUCGAAUCAUACAAACUUAGUAACGACAGUCAAACAAAAGUCAAAUGACCAAAGUUGCUAAACUUGCUAGAUAACCUCCCUCAACUAAUGACAGAAUAUCUCCUAUAUUUGGCAAAAUCAAGUUGAUGAUUAUAGAGAAGAUGGCACAUCAGCCCAUGAGUAACGGGGAGAUGAACACGACUCAGGAUAUGACCCAGAUGCAGACACAGGAGACGGAAGAUUCAAUACACAGAGUCGUUUAUUAAACCGCCGGUCGAGGACAGGUGGAGGUUCUUAACCAGGUCAGAGUCUGACAGGUACAGGGCGGCAGGCAGGCUCAGUGUCAGGGCAGGCAGAAUGGUUUGGCAGGCGGGCUCAGGGUCAGGGCAGGCAGAAUGGUAUGGCAGGCGGGCUCAGGGUCAGGGCAGGCAGAAUGGUAUGGCAUUCUGCAGGUAUAAAUGCACAGGGGAAAAUGGGAGACACCUGGAGGGGGGUGGAGACAAGCACAAGACAGGUGAAACAGAUCAGGGUGUGACAGAGAUGAAGAGUGGAAAUGGUUUAAGGCAUCUUAAUGGGGACCAAAUCUGUUUAAAAAAACAUCCAUAUCUACUCUCAUACCGUUUUUUGAUCACACAUUCUCUACCGAAGCUCUCAUGUGGGCAACAAGUAGGCCUCCGAGACAGCGCAGAGAAGCGGGGGAAAUGUUAUAGCGGCAUUUUGACAUGCAUAGGCGAAAGAAGUGCUUUGAUAAUGCAUUGCAGCCUAUGGAUUAUAGAAUAAAGUUAGUAAUUGUCAUGCGAGACAGGAGUCAGGAUUUUGGGUUGAGUGGAAUUAGGACUGGAUAGUAAAAUAGCCUAGGCUCUAGGACAGGAAAAUAUAGGAUUUUUCCUCAUGCAUCUCUGAAUUGUUAACAGAUUUAAUGUCUGUGACAGAGAUACCUAUGUAGUGAAUUGUGCAUAGGCCUAUCAAAUUUGUGACUGUCUGAAGUGUCACAAUGACUGCUCAAAGAGGCACACGUUAUUUUAUAGGCUAUACUUUAUGGGUUUCCUGUAGGGUUUAUUAAAUGUGUUCGGUUCACGUGGGCAGUCCGUCGGUUUCAAUAAUACGUGUGCUUUGAAUUUCUGGUGACUUUGUGUGAAGUAAAUACACUAUGCCUUCCAUGUGACAACCUGUUUGGAUAAUGUGCUAUUGCAUUUUUUGCUAUCUGCUGCUGCCUAUGUUGUGUAUUUUGUGGAAUAGCAUUAGUGCUUUGGGGGAAAAUGUUGUAAUUUCCCGGGUCUUGUCAUUUUAAAAAAAUCUGAAAAUGUGAAGCGUUCCAGGGACAGUCCCAGGAUUCCGGUUAGCCAUGUUAAUCCCUACAACAACAUUAUGGACUAAACAUUAAAGUCUGUUUGCUGCAGGAUUAUUUUGCCUGGACAAUAUCGGUCAAAUUAAGAUCCUACAUCUGUACUUGUGGAAGUGUGUUUAAACUCCUGCGUGUGUGUGUUUGCUUAUCAUUCCUGUCUUUGUAUGUUCCAGUCAGUGGGUGCCAGUGACUACCUGGAGAUGGCCCAGGCGUUUGACACAGUGUUUAUCCGUCAUGUCCCCAUUCUUACCCUCACCCUGAAGGAUCAGGCACGGCGCUUCAUCACACUCAUAGACAACUUCUAUGACAACAAGGUCAGUGUCAGUCACACUGCAUUGGGAAACCUUGAUAUUUUACAUUUACAUUUCUUGUCAUUUAGCAGACGCUCUUAUCCAGAGUGACUUACAGGAGCAUUUAGGUUUAAGUGCCUUGCUCAAGGAUCUUUCACCUAGUGGGCUCUGGGAUUCGAACCAGCAACCUUUCAGUUACUGGCCCAACGCUCUUAACCACUAGGCUACCUGUGUUUGGUACUGCUGCCUAGGUGCUUCCCAAUCUGUACCUGUUUGUAACUCAAGUAUUUGACAUACUGCCAUGGUCCGUAGCUGCAGGGUCUAUACUGUACUGUUUGUUGUAGGCGUUUAUUAUGUGCAAUAGCAUCCCCUGUAUCCAUCUAUCCACACUCUAUCCUACAGCAGGUGUCACUGUUUCACUUUAGUUGUUACAGUGUUGUUACCGUUCCAUUGUCCAUCUGUCCAAGGUGAGGGUGGUGCUGUUAGCUGAUGCCCCUCUGGACAGGCUGUUUGUCCACUCUGGUGGGGAGGACAGCCGCGACCGCCUGCUACUGGACGACCUGGGCCUGAGCGGGGUGAGACCACACGGUCCAACCAUAACAAGACCAAAACAUAACCAAAAACACAUUCCUUGAUGUCGGGUUGAAACCAAAAUUAUUUUCAAAUUAUUUCGUUCUGAACAGAACCAUAAUUUUUAGUAUCGUUCCACUGUUCUGACCAGCAAAAUAAAGUUCUGAACCGGUUCGAACCCCCAAAAAAGUAAGUUUAUAUUGUUCCUUUCUGUUCCUUUUUAAACCGCUGAAAUCGUUUGUAUUUUAUAUGCAGCCCAACAUUCAAUUACUUCACCAAUCAGUGCGGAUAGAGCAGUUUGCUAUGGAACGGGCAAGCUAUAGGCCUAGUUGUUUCCAUGCAUUGGACAGACGAGUAUGGCGUGAGAUGCAACUGAAAUUUUGCAGGUGAGGAGAGAGAAUUAGGUCCCACAGAAUUAUACCUACGGAGGAGCGGCUUCUAUGAAGGAACUUUGAAUGUCUUUGAACUUCCAAGAGUUGGCUUAACGUUGGACCAGAGCUAGCAGCUAACAAGCUUGUGUGUGCAGAGCAGCACCAGAAUCAAAGUAAAAAACACAUCUUAGCUUUUUGCAGUUAAUAAAUAAAUCCAAUGUGAAACGUACUAUAGUAUCCUUAACUAGCAUUGAAAAAGUUCAUCCAUUAUUCUCUAAUUAGAAAUCUCUCUCCCUAAUUUCUGAAUCAUGCUUGUAACGUCAGUAGGCUACAGUAGCCUAUGCUUCGGAGGGGGAGGAGCAGGUAGCCUACACACACACACUGGCAAAGACUUUCAGCUGUCAGGCCAGGCAGAUGCUGGAAGAAGUUUCUGAGUGACAGAGUGAGGGCUUUGCAUAGGCGUUUUGUUGAAUUUUUUUUUUUUAAUCCCGGAACGUAAAAUAACUAUUAACCGGUUUCCAUGCUUUUAAAAUAACUGUUCUGUUUCGGAACAGUAUAGAUCACUUUCACUCCUUGUUCUGAUUCUGUUCCUCUGAAAAAAAAAAAAAAUCGGUUCCGUUUCCUGAACCAGUUCUAACCCCUGCUUGAUAUAAACAUUUGUGUUUGUGGUUUGUUAACCCCAUUGUCUUGCUGCUGUGUUCGUGUUACAUUCUCUUUGUGGUCAUGUUUGUGUCGACCCCAUUGUUUUUGGUUAUGGUUGUAGUUGAGUUAACCCCACUGUCUGCGGUCCUGUUUGUAGGACGCGGGGGACCGUCUGUCUCUGUUCACAGCGGAGGAGGAGAUCUUUGCGUUCCAGAGGACCGUCUCCAGACUGACCGAGAUGCAGACGGAGAUGUACUGGACCCAGGGGGACCGCAGUAACACUACACACACACAGAGAGGAUCACAGUAAAGUAACCCCAAAGACCUCACAACACAUAGAGGGGACACGUAACCAACAGCAACUUCUCUUUUAGGCUGAAGUACAAUAUAACCAGCCAAAAUACCUCAUAAAACACAAACAAUUGGUACAGGAGGGAUCAAUAAAUUGUAUCCCUUUACUGGGUAGUAUAACGUGACAAGCUAAAACACCUCCCAACAGACAGUCAGUCAGUCAGGGAGAUGAGAGCUAACCAUAGAGAUAGAGGACUUUAUUUUUAGUGCCCAAAAGGCCAUUUUAGCAUGGGCAGCGCCAUUGAGGACUUUCACCGU